CUCAGACGCGCAUGAAGCGCUGAAGGUGACGGAUCUCCUCCGCGCUUAAUAUGCGCCACGGCGCUGCCGUGUAAAAAAAACUAAUCCCUCUGGACUAAACCACUGGCUGGGAAACAUGUGCAACAUACGCAAAGGUUCCUGCCUGUUUAGGGAAAGAAAGUUCUGGGGUUUUUGGAUUCUCCUGCUGUACACAAGUCCUCUAUCCUGCUUUUCGAAGUUCAGCCAUCUUGUCUAUAAGAUAAAGGAAGGCUUACCCAAGGGGAUUCUCAUUGGGUCUGUUUCAGAAGAUUUAAAGUUGGAUUUCUCCGUCGACCCUCCUCGUUUGUUUCAUCUGGAGUUAAGGCAGAGUGGCUCCCAGUAUGUUAAUCUAAGCGAAACAACCGGGGAUCUAUAUACUUCUGCUUUGGAGAUUGACCGAGAAACUCUAUGUGCAGAUUCCUAUGAGGGUCAAGGGUGCACUAUUUCUCUGGAUGUAAUCAUUUUGCCCCAGCAAUACUUCCAGCUAGUUAAGAUCAAAAUCAUCAUUGAAGAUGUUAAUGACAACAAGCCACAAUUUCCAGUGGACGAGAUCAGGGUGUCUGUGCCAGAAAAUGCCCCAGUCAAUGCUCGGUUCGUGGUAGAACAAUCUGCUGUAGACCCAGAUAUAGGUAUUUAUGGGGUUCAGACCUACUGGCUGGCUAAUGACUUUGGAGUUUUCACACUGGAUGUUGAGCAAAAUGAAGGGGGAGAGUUGACUCCUUUCCUAAUCAUUACUGGGCCACUGGACAGGGAAACGAAAGCGGAAUAUUUAACUGACUUCAUCGCUGAGGACGGAGGCUCUCCACCUUUUUUGGGCACUGCCACACUUAGAAUUAUUAUCACAGAUGUAAAUGACAAUUGCCCAAAAUUCAGCGAAACCCAGGUGAAUGUGACACUUUCUGAAAAUACCACAAAGGGUUCACAGUUGGCCCGACUUUAUGCCUUUGACACAGAUCAGGGUACCAAUGCUCAAAUUACAUACACUUACAGUAAAAGAGUAACCCGGGAAACUAGGAACCUAUUUCAUUUGGAUGAAAUCACAGGAGUCAUCAAGCUAGCUGAAAAGAUUGAUUCUGACACCGGAAAGUUGUACAAGCUGGUUGUGCUGGCUAAUGGGCCAGCUUGCAUACCAGAUAUUGCUACUGUCACUGUGAAGGUUGUUAAACGUGUUUCAGGACCACCUGCUGUCAUACCCCGUUACAUUGCUUCAGAAAAGGAUGGUGUGGUUUUUCUGAGUGAAUCAGAGCCACCCUUUACACCUAUUGCUUUUUUCACCAUAAAGAAUGCCGACCCAAGGAAGAAGGUGACAUGCUUAUUGCAAGGGCCUGGACCUUUCAGGCUCUUGCCAUAUACAAAUUUGAAAAAUGAGUACUUGCUGGAGACUACUGAUUUGUUGGAUUAUGAAGAGCAGAAAUAUUAUGAACUCACUGUGCUGGUCAGAAACACAGAUGGUGUAAGUGUUGAGACACAGGUGAAAGUGCAAAUGUUGGACGAUAAUGACAAUGCACCCAUAUUUAAGCAGUCAGUUAUCGACAUCAAGAUUGAGGAGAACAAUGCUCCGGAAACAUUUCUCUAUAAACUCCAGGCCACUGAUGAGGACAGCGGUAACAGGGGUGAGGUACUCUAUCUUCUUGGGUCAGAUGCUCCCCCAGUCUUCCACCUUGAUCGGCUGACCGGUGUCUUGACCGUGACCACCUCUCUUGACAGAGAGGAGAAAGAGACCUACCGGUUUAUAGUUCGAGCAAUUGACUGUGGCACACCGAGAAAGGAGUCAAUUGCCACCGUUUCAAUCACUGUGCUUGAUCGCAACGACAAUAGUCCUCGUUUUAUCAACAAAGAUUUUACCUUCUUUGUUCCAGAAAACUUCCCAGGAUUUGGAGAAAUUGGAGUGCUGUCCGUCACAGAUGCAGAUGCUGGGGAAAAUGGCUGGGUGGCACUAUCAAUUAUCAAUGGAAGUGACAUAUUUGUUAUUGACACAGGACGAGGGGCUUUGAGAGCGAAGAGCCCACUCGACAGGGAGCAGCAAGGAACAUAUUAUAUCUGGAUUGAAGCUGUGGAUGGGGGUAAGCCUGCACUCUCCUCUAUCACCAUGGUUACUGUUUUGCUCCUGGACGUCAAUGACAACCCACCAAUGGUGUUGUUUCCCCAGUCCAACCAGUCCUACUUGCUGGUUCUUCCAAGUACACUCCCAGGAACAUCCAUCACAGAGGUCUAUGCUGUGGACAGAGACACUGGCAUGAACGCUGUCAUUGCUUACAGCAUCAUCAAGCGAAGGGGUGGUGAACCAGGCUCAUUUGACAUAGACCCAGAUACAGGAAACAUCACACUCAGGAAAGUCUUGAGUGGCCGGGGCCUGUACAGCCUGCUGGUCAAAGUCAGUGAUCAUGGCCAACCUGAACCAUUGCACUCCACUGUUAUGGUCAACUUGUUCGUCAAUGAGACCGUAAGCAAUGAGACUUACAUUCAGAGCCUCCUAACAAAAGAGGCAGAUAUCGGGAUUGAAGAGGUCAGACCACCAAACAGACUUGCCCAGGGGCCAGAGUAUAACGGACUCUUACCCUGCAGGCUGCUACUUAUUGCCCUUAGCACUACCUGUCUGGGGCUUCUACUUAUAGUUGUGUCACUAACUGCAUACAUAUGCUGUAAGAGACAAAAAAUUCAUAAAAAGAAAAGACUGGAAGUAGAAAUCCCUUUAAAAAUGAACAGUGACAGACAAGCCAUGGACAGAAAGCUAAUGGAAAUUUCCAACAUAUGACCAUGGCCCCCUCUAUAAACUGUCUACAAAUGUCAAACGUGCAGCUUCUCCAGACAAACUGAGAAAAUUGUAUAAAUUGUAUAUUUGUUGUUUUGUAAUUUUAUGACAAAAAGACAAAAUAUAUUUAAAAAAACUGAAAAAGUUACAUCAAACGCGUGUCUAGUUUUGCAAACCUACAUUUUCUCAAAUGCUUGAUUAUGACACUGUAAUUUAUUAUACCUUACUAAGUAGUGCCCUCAGUAAUGUGUCAAAACACUCUUAUUUGUUUAGCCACAUACAGCAAUUGUUCAAAUCCUUCUCUACUCUCCAAGCACAAUAAUGUUUUAUAAUAUUAAACAUGAAAAAACAUCAGAAAUAUCACUGUACUGUGAUAAUCAGAAUUUUUUUUUUUUUUUACAUUGCCACAUUGAAUUCAAUGGUGAAUAUAUUUCAUGGAUUUUAUUUGCGAUAAAGGGUUGUUUAUCAAGUUAGACUUGUGUGCACUACAUUUUUUAGUGCUAGUCCAUUGAAUACAUAGAUUCCCAAGGUCUGCCUACUUUAGAGUCUGUAAUGAAAAUUUCACAGAUUCUCCAUCCUUCUCUAACAGAAAAAGAGAAUAUGUCUACGUUUACAUGCAGCAUAAAAAGUAAUGUCAAUUGAGUAUCAAUUGAGGUCAGUCUGGAUGAAAUUUCUGUCCGAUGAAAAGAUAUAGAAAAUGUGGAGGAUGUGGAAUGUAAAUUCCCUUGCAUUCAAAUACAUUCAGAAUUGAUUAAAAUAUCCUUUGCAUUUGUCUCAUACUGGCUAACAAAACAAAUUGCAUUAUAAAAUCUAGGAGAUUUAUAAAUAUUUAAGAUGUUGAAUUAAUUCUAAGACAGUCAUCUAUAUAAUAUUUAAAAUUUCAGCUAAAAGUACUUUUUGUUAAAACAAACAAGGCGCACACAGCUAGCUUCCUGUUUGUUCAACUCCUUUUUUGUUGUUUGUAUUUUGUUGUUGUUAUUGUGUUGUGAAAUGUCACUCCACAACUGAACACAAAUUUUAUUCGACUUACAAGUAAAUGCUAAUACAUGUAAAUGGAUAUUUUCAAUGAAUAUUUGCCAAAGUUUUAUGAGUGCAAUCUGUUUAUUAAGAUUCUGCAAUUGGAAAAAAAUUUCAUUCAGAUUGAAGAGAAAACUAUUGCAUGGUGAGCAUAGCCAACGAUUUAUUUGGAGCUCUCACGGCCUUGUGGUGUGUAAGUGAAGUGUACAUGAAUAUUAAAGUGCUUUAUUUUCUUACAA